GAGGUCUUAAUAGAAGCAAGGCCCACUUCACCAUGGCCCCUUCGUUCACAUUCGGGCUGCUUCGUUCAAGCACGUUCACUCGUUACUCUGCUUCGCGCUUCUUACUUCGUUUCUUACUUUUAGUAUUUGCAAUAUGAAGUUCUUCGCUACUAUUGGAGCUGUGCUCCUCCCUUUCAUUGCGUCGACCGCAGGCGGCACCGAAUUCGAUCCUGAGGAUGAGACUUCAAUCAAGGCCGCAGCGAGAACUUACGCUUAUGGGUUGAUGGAACUUUACAAGAACAAUGCUACCGGAACAGCUGCACAGGAUAUAGGAAUCUGGCCGCAACCGCACUACUGGUGGGAAGGAGGUGCUGCGUGGGGAGGAAUGAUUGAGUAUACCCAGUUCUCUGGCGACAACUCGCAUGUGAAGACGCUUCAGCAGGCUUUGACUGCCAACUACGGACCAAACAACGACUUCAUCCUGUCGUACCGCAAGUCGCAGACGGGAAACGAUGAUCAACUUUUCUGGGCGCUGGCUGUCAUGUCAGCACUCGAGUACCAGUUUCCGGACUCCGAUUUGGCUCCUGCUGGUUACCUGGAGGUCGCUGUGAACGCUUUCAACAACGUCGUCGGACGAUGGGACACUACCACCUGCGAUGGAGGACUGAAGUGGCAGAUUUACCUCGAGAAUUCGUACGGCUACAACUACAAGAACUCGAUCUCCAACGGAUGUGCAUUUGCGCUGGGUGCACGCCUCGCCCGCUACACUGGCAACCAGACAUAUGCGGACUGGGCGGAGAAGAUCUACGACUGGACCAAGUCCGUAGGCUUGAUCACUGACCUUUACGAAGUCUUCGACGGCACCGACGACAAGACAAACUGCGCAACGGUGGCUGACAAGACUCAAUGGACUUACAACAACGCUAUGUUCCUUCACGGCUCCGCUUUCAUGUACGACAUCACAAACGGUGCGAGCGUAUGGAAGGAGCGUGUAUCUGGAUUUCUUUCGCACGCUGAGCUUCUGUUCUUUAGCCCAGAGACAAAAGACAACAUUAUGUACGAGUGGGCUUGCGAGACGGGAAAGUCGGGACGUACCUGCAACCUCGACCAGCAGUCAUUCAAGGCUUACCUUUCCCGCUUUAUGGCGAAGACCGCAGCCGUUGCUCCAUUCACAAAGGACACCAUCACCAAGUACCUCACCGCGUCUGCCGUUGGAGCUGCGAAGUCGUGCUCGGGCGGAGAUGACAAAGCUACUUGCGGUUCGAAGUGGUACACUGGCAGCUGGGACGGCACAUCUGGUGUUGGUCAACAACUCGCAGCUUUGGAGGUCACCCAAGCACUUCUGUCGCUGAAGCAGAACAUUGUGCCUGUUAAGAACGGCGCUUCAGAGCCCAAGCCUACUACGACCGCUACACCGAAGCCCAGCUCGACACCUGCUGCCAAACCUACUACCGUCCUUGCCAGCAAGCCGGCUGGAUCAAGCAAGGCAAUUGAGCCUAGCCAGAUUCCCUCAUCUAGCAAGGCUGCGCCCGCUGUAUCGAACGUGUACGCACCCGCACCGCCAAAGUCGACUAAGGUUGCACCCGUCAGCAGUAUUGCUCCUUCGACCAAGAGCGCUGUCUCCACUUCUGCGGCUGCAGUCGCCUCUUCAGUCAAGUCUACCCAAGCAGCGGUCGCUCCUACAGAGAAGCCUGCAGGCAAAGUCGGCAAGAUCAAGCCGUCUGCUGGUGUUGUUACAUCCUGCUCAACAAGCACGACACUUACCGUCACCAUCUCAAAGCCGACUGCCGGUGUUAACACCAGCUGUACGCCCAGCACAACACUCACUGUCUACGUCCCUCCCGUCACAUCAGCUCCGGAGGUUCCAUCUGUAGCGACUUCCAGUGCACCUGUGGUACCUCCGGUUCUGACCACACUCUCGCCUGUCGCGCCGCCUGCUAACGUCAGCGUGCCUGCUAGUGGCAGUGUACCUAGCUCGACGGCACCAGUGGAGUUCGAGGGUGCUGCUUCAAGCAUGAAGGUCAUGGGUGGCUCAAUCUUGGGCGCUGUUGUUGUCGCUAUGGUGGCUGGCCUGUUGUAAAAAUUAAGCUCCUAGUGUCCUAGUUUUUUCUCUUCUUCGUAGUCCUCUUAGAACAUUUGUUCGUUGUACAUAUACCCUUUAUAUCCAGUCU